AUGUUUCCUAAGGAUUAUCUAAUAGUUAAGGAAACAUUAAUUCAUCUGUGGAUAGCUAAUGACCUUAUAUCUUCCAAAGGAAAUAUGGAGGUGGAAGAGAUUGGGAAAAAGAUAUGCAAGGAAUUAUAUUUGCGAUCAUUCUUUCACGAUGCUAUGAACGAAGGAUUGGACUUUUUCAAGAUGCAUGAUCUAGUACAUGAUCUGGCUCAAAGUAUCAUGGACGAUGAAUGUCGUGUUAUAGAGAAUGAUCGACUGGCUAAUUUGUCAAGAGUUCGUCACUUGACGUUGAGUUACUCUGACCCACCAUUUGACAUGCUUUCUGCUCUAUUCAAAGCGGACUCCUUGCGUACUGUAAUGUUAUUGAGUUCUGUCAAAAAGAUUGAAGCGCACAAGUUUCCUCAUGGCUUGUAUUUUCGUUCUUUACGAGCUUUUGAUGCUGGAUGGACUAACUUGACAAACAUAGAGUUAUCAUGUUUACUUUCUCUAAUCGUUGGUUCGAAACAUCUAAGGUAUUUGAAUCUUUCGGGGACUAUGAUCAGAUUCCUUCCCGAGUCAAUUUGUUCCUUGCAAAGCUUACAGACUUUGGAUGUAAGUAAUUGUCGUGAUCUUGAGAAGCUACCCGAGCAUAUGAGUCGCAUAAGGAGUCUUCGUCAUCUUUAUAUCGAAGGUUGUCCUUUAAAUCACAUCCCUCCUAACAUUGGGAAGCUAAGUUGCUUAAGAAGUUUAUGCAGAUUUAUUGUGAAUAGGAGAAGAGGAUGUGGUAUAGAUGAAUUGGGAAGCUUAUUAAACCUUGAAGGUCGUGUGAGAAUCGAGCACCUUGAGAAAGUAAAGAGUCCAACGGAAGCCAAAAAAGCCAAUUUAGCUGGAAAAAUGAAUCUCAAAAGGCUAACUUUAGAGUGGGGCUUAAAUGAAUCCACAGAGUCUUAUAAGAAGAAGACGGCUCAAGUGUUGGAAGCCCUUGAACCUCCCCCAGGUUUAGAAUUUUUGAGAAUUGACAGUUUUAGUGGUAUGCGUUUCCCCGGUUGGUUUAGUAAUAAUGAUGCAAUAUUUCAAAAUUUGGACAGCAUUGAAUUCUUUGAUUGCAAAAACUGUUCGGAACUGCCUACAGGCAUGGGGAAACUUCCAUCUCUAACAUAUCUUGGAAUGUAUAGAAUGGAUUGUCUGCGGUAUGUAGAUGAUGAAUCUGAAUCCUUUGGUACUGGAGAGCUAGAGGGAGCUGGUUACUUGCAAUUGCAAAAGCUGCGCAUUUCUUGUUUAACAAGCUUAGAAAGGUUGUCCAGAUCGAGAAUGGAAAGAAGGGACAUUUUUCCACGCCUGUCUUCUUUGAACAUUGAAGGAUGCCCUAAAUUGACCUCCUUACAUUGUCUUCAGUCAAUCCGGGAGUUAAGUAUAAAAGGAUGCAGUGAGACAGUGUUAGAAUCAGUUUCAAAUCUCCAUACUCUAACAUCACUUGAAAUAUGGAAUAAUGAUGAUUUGGCUUCCUUUCCCGACGGGUUCCUACAUAAUCUCACCGCUCUCAAAUCACUCAAGAUUUCAAGAUUCACAAAGCUUCAAGAUUUGCAAUCUGACAUGCUUAUUGGCCUAACCGCUUUGGAAGAAUUAUCUAUCUCUUCUUGCGAUAUGUUUGAGUGUUUUUCUACGGGAACAUAUCGAGGCUUAAUUAGCCUUAAAAAUAUGCAAAUUGUGAAUUGUAGGAAGUUGAAAAGUUUGUCAGAUAAUUUUGGAGACCUUCCUGCACUUGAAUCAUUGAGGAUCAGUAAAUGUCCAGAGUUGGAGACUUUCCCAAAUGGUCUUAACAAUCUUUCUUCCCUCCAACGUCUGACCCUAUCAGAGUCUAAGUUGACAGCUUUGCCUGAGAACUUACAGCAUCUCCCAGCUCUCAAAGGUAUGCGAAUUUCUGGGUUUCCAAAUCUUGAAAAGUUGCCUGACUGGCUUGGAGACUUGACAUCUCUUUCUUCAUUAUAUAUUAUAUCUUGUCCCAAGUUGGAAUAUCUACCCACAAGUAUCCAAUAUCUCACCAACUUACAAAGCUUGAAUAUCACAAAUUGCCCUAAAUUAGAGGAACGAUGUAAAAAGGAAAUCGGAGAAGACUGGCACAAGAUAGCCCAUGUUCCACGUAUCAACGUGCGUUGAAGCGUGGCCUACUAGCUAGUGACCAACCCACAUAUAACAAGACACUGCAAAUUGUUUGUUCAAAGGGAAAUAAAAUAGUGGAAAUGUCAAUCACAACAACUAUGCUCCAGCUGCCACCCGUUACUUCAGCAGCCCCUAGUAUCUGCAGGAAAACUGAUAAUACAGCUCCUCAUGCCCACUGGUGGUCCUGUAUCCGCGUUUCAGAAGGCUGAGGAUGUGGUGCUUCCAUGAUUGGUGACAAAGUUGAUAAAGUUGUUCAGAAAUUUCAGGUUUGGUUUUGCAGUUCCUAAUCAGAAUGUUAGCAGUGCUGGAUCGGCCAUAAUGAAGAACGUUAGCAGAAAUUUCGUGAUAUGGAUUUGUAUUGUAGAUGCUUUUUAGCAUUUGUAUUAAACCCUUUGCUUAGUGCUUCUAGCCUGAAAGUAUUGAGACUAUAAGAUGUGUCUACAAUUAAUUAGACAUAUUUGCUAUUUGUGGUUUCACCUUCCCUUUUUAUUAAAAACUAAAAAAAUUUGCAAAUAGACACAAACUUUUGUGUGGAGACUGAUGUGUAAAGUUUAUUUAUACGUAAUAUUAUUUCUAGAGUUCUGCAUUA